UACCCGUCUAGCAGAAACAGCAGUGUGUUUCUUUCAUUGUAUUUCUGUAUUACAAAGAUAAUAAUAUAAAGACACAGUCCUAAUUUAUAUUCGCAAGCAGCAACACUACUGGUCACAGCGAGUGCAUACGCACAGAGAGAGAGAGAGAGAGAGAGAGAGAGAGAGAGAGAGAGAGAGACCGAGCCAUGACUUAAUAAAGAACCACUCUAUAUAAAAAAAUAUCACUGCUACCUACCGUUUUAUUUAUUUCAUUAAAAAAAAAACAUUGUGGUUCUUUUAUUGUUUUCGUUCUUAUGUUUUUUUUUCACGCGGUAUUUUCUUUUCAUGUUUGUUGUGCUCAUGAGAAGCUAGCUAACGCUUUCCUAAUACAUGGUGCAACUGAAAAUGUCCAAAUCUUCCGCAGCUCACGCGUCUGCUGCUGAAACGGGAUCUCAAUCACACUAUUUUCAGCUUCCGAGGAAGCUGCCCAAACGGAAAAGUCGGUUUAAACGUUCUGACGGAAGUACGUCCUCAGAUACAACAUCCAGCGUCAUAAAACGACAGGGUUCAGCCGAUUCGUACACGAGCAGACCAUCGGAUUCCGACCUGUCCCUGGAGGAGGACCGCGAGGCGUAUCGGCGUGAAGCCGAGCGCCAGGCCCUGCUGCAGCUCGAGAGAGCCAAGCCAGUUUGUGUCUGUGUGCACGUUGUCCUGCAGACUAAACCGGUCGCGUUUGCUGUGAAAACGAAUGUCAAUUACUGUGGGGCUCUAGAUGAAGACUGUCCAGUCCAAGGUGCUGCUAUCAACUUUGAAGCCAAAGACUUUCUACACAUUAAAGAGAAAUAUAACAAUGACUGGUGGAUCGGAAGGCUAGUGAAGGAGGGGUGUGACAUCACCUUCAUCCCGAGUCCACUCCGGCUGGAAGCAAUGAGGCUCAAGCAAGAACAGAAACCAAGGAAGCCUGGGGGGAACUCGUCAGCCAGUCUGGGGGAUAUGGUCUCAGGAGGAUGGAGAUCCACUCCUCCUUCCACUGCCAAACAGAAGCAAAAACAGACAGAGCAUAUCCCCCCCUAUGACGUGGUUCCUUCCAUGAGGCCGGUGGUGCUGGUUGGUCCCUCGCUGAAGGGAUAUGAGGUGACUGAUAUGAUGCAGAAGGCACUGUUCGAUUUCCUGAAGCACAGGUUUGAUGGAAGAAUAUCUAUCACACGGGUAACUGCUGACCUUUCUCUCGCCAAACGAUCCAUUCUCAACAAGAAAACCAUCAUGGAGCGCUCCAACACACGUUCCAGUUUAGCGGAGGUGCAGAGCGAGAUUGAAAGGAUCUUUGAGCUGGCUAAGACUCUACAGCUGGUGGUACUGGAUGCAGACACAAUCAAUAAUCCGGCACAACUCGCCAAGACCUCGCUCGCUCCCAUCAUUGUGUACGUCAAGGUGUCCUCGCCAAAGGUGCUGCAGAGACUGAUCAAGUCGAGGGGAAAGUCUCAGACCAAACACCUGAAUGUGCAGAUGAUGGCCGGGGAUAAACUUGUCCAGUGCCCCCCGGAAAUGUUCGACGUGAUCCUCGAUGAGAACCAGCUGGAGGAUGCUUGUGAACACCUGGCUGAAUACCUGGAGGUGUACUGGCGUGCGACACAUCUACCUGGCUCCACCCCCAUCAACCCCCUACUGGAACAAAACCUGAUGACACCACCCUCCGUCAUAUCCAGUUUACAGGAGCAGCAGCUGCAGGAGGAGCGGGGGGAGCAGGACAGCCUGGUGCAGUCGGACGAGACGAGUGAGACCUCGCGAGGGGACGGCAGGGCCUGGCAGCCGCCCUCGCAGCGCGGCUCCCGCCAGCUUGACACGGACGAGUAUUCGGACGCCUACCAGGACCUAUACAAACCCCACCGCAACCCCACCCCCAGCCUGCGCAGCGCCAACGGGCACGACUCCCAGGACCGGCUGCUGGAGCGCGACUCGGAGCAGAGCCACAACGAGCACAACAACCGCCAGCGCAGCCGGGCGUGGCCGCGGGACAGCUACUGAGCGCCACCCGGUGGUGGUGGGGGGGGGGGGGGGUUGCAGUCGGUGACGGUAACACUUUUGUCAGCGGCGUUGUUCAUAUUAGUUUUUUUUUUUCUUUCUGUUCCCUUAGAUUUUUAUGAUGUUUGCCAUCGUUCGGAGUGCUUCUCGUGUCAGGGUGGCUCCGAGUUCAGGAGGUGCUCUUCAGUUUUAGUGUGCCUGGCAAGAUCAGCCAGUGGCUUUAUAUUCGUAAGCACCAGCGCCAUCUAGUGCACAGCAGUGUAUUGCCAGCAAAACUAAAGCAAACUUGUGGCAGAUCACUAGCUCGUGCUGGCCUUGCUUCUAAAACAACCCUCGAUCUGAUCGAACUUGUAUUUACAGCAGGCAGCUGGAACUGAAGAGCAGCUAAAGCAGGUUAACAGAAAAACGUAAUUGAGUAAUUUACAAUGAGAAGUACUCAUCAUAAACAUCAUAAAGUAAAGGGACAGAAAAAAAAACAGUGGAACAUUUUGAAGCCGUUUACAUCUUGUCUUCUAUCUGCUGUAGUUUUUCGAUCUCCGUUUGAAUGGCACACUCAUCCACUUCCUGUGCUGUAGGUAUCCGCGGAGUAAGAUGUGAGGUCCCACUCUAGUUACUACAGGAUGUUUUUCAUUAAGCACUGGCGUAUGUGGUAGCACUUCAGAGUAGAAGAAUAGUAGGUAGCUAAUCAGGUAAUUACAGCUGGCUCCCGGUGUUGCCUGCUAACCUGUGAAAUGACAUUUGAAAUAUGCUAGUCUGGAGUUUGAGGACUUCCAUUCACUUCACUGCACCACUACUUUACUAAAAUCCUCAGUGAUCAUCCUCAGCAUUUUAGUUAAUAUUGCUGAUGCCAAUUUUUGCACUACAAAAAGUGUUACCGACGCGAAAUCACCACUAAACCAGAGAGUGUCCGAACAGGGCUAAACCGAACCCAGCUGAAUAAAAAGGAUUACAAUGUAUUCAUUCAUUUUUUUUUAAGUCUUCAGGAGGCCAGAUUAGAUGUAUAAUUCAUUAGAUUACCAGAUCGUUCUGAUUGUCCGUGACCGAUGUUUAGUUCAUGUCCUGUUUACACUCAUUGACUGGGAAGAGUAUUGUUGCUUGUUGUAGACCUUAAUGCACUUGAUUUUGACACAGUCACCCAAUCACGGCAGAUUUUGAUUAGUCGGUUUGGCUUGUUUUCGGCUUUUUAAAAGCCUUUCAGACUGUCUAAAUUUCUGAUUUACAAGACAACACAAUACCAGUAUACGAUCCUUGAGAAACGGCAGCCUAGGACCAGUAAUCCUAACGCUCCUUGCAGGAACCAAGACAAACGAUAGCGCCGCUAUCGGCGUAGCACCAAGCUCCCCAUGUUAUAUAGCUGUGCUAUAAUUUUGAUUGAAUCCAAGUGUAAACAUGCCUCUAUAGAAUCACAAUGGGGAUCGCUCGAUUUUUGGCUGCCUUUGUUUUUCACUUUUUUCUCUAAGUUUGCAUUUUUACGAUGUACAUUUUAAA